AUGGCGGAAAUGGUGGUGUCUUUCGUUGUUGACCAACUACUUCCUUUAUUAAGGGAAGAAGCCAAGCUUUUGAGAGGUAUUCACAAGGAGUUUGCAGACAUUAAAGAUGAACUCGAGAGCAUUCAAGCAUUCCUUAAGGAUGCUGAUAAAAGAGCCGAAACAGCUGAAGGAGACAACGUUAGUGAAGGAGUCAAAAUUUGGGCAAAACAGGUUAGGGAAGCAGCUUUUCGCGUUGAAAAUAUCAUUGAUGAUAAUUUGAUCCAGGCGAGACAGCAGGCUCGUGAUCCUAAAUGUGUAGCUUUAAUCCAUAAGCUCAAAACUAUGAUCCCUCGCCGUCGAAUAACGUCUGAAAUUCAAGGCGUUAAGUCAUAUAUUCGUGGGAUCUAG